AUGGGGAGACGUCCAUAUUUGAACUCACUUGCUUUGGGCCGGUCUCCUUACGAGGCACCAGAGCUCAUUGUAAAUGGGUCGGCUAUACCACAACCAAACCGACACCUAGCGAACUCGAAUGCUGAUGGAUAUGUCCAAGAGUAUGACGCUCGUGGACAUCCUAUUAACCGCCGCUCAAAGGCUGAGGCUAGGCAGCUUAGAAAGGCAAAGAAUGAUGUUCUAUCUACCAUGGGUAUCGUUGUCAGCGGUGAAGAGUUAAACACGGCUAGUAUGAGAGAACAAGAAAAGAUUGCCUUACUUGCGGAGGAAAAUGACUUUGGAUUGGCCCUAGCGGCUAUCGAUCAGCUUAGCAUGUUUGGAGCCUCUUGGUGGACGAAAUCUUUAGCCUGUCGAAUUCAGACCUUCAAAAGUUACAAUAUUGGCUCUUUAACAGAUAUAGUUUCCGGAGAACGUCAACGAAUUGGCUUUGCGGGCUUUUAUUUCGCAGGGCUUCCCGUUUGGACCGUAUCUUUUUUACUAUCUGUUUGCCGGUCACACUUCUUAGAGUCAGCUUUAGACUCUCUUCAUUCAACCCUUUCCUCCCUUAUUGAUGCAAAGUGGUAUAAAAAGUUCAUUCGUGGUCUAAUGAGUGUAUUGUCUUUUGGUGCUAACUCUGCCGUUAUCCUUGUCCUCGGACAAGGGUACAUGUUUUCCCUUCUACAGUCGCUUCAACUUUUACCUCCAUUCUCAAUCCCAUCAUUAUACUCCUUUAUUCCAUUUACCGCAAAUUCUCUGAUACAACUACCACCCCUCCCCUCAAAAUUAUCAGCUCACACGAUCGGUCUCUAUUGUAUCUCUCUGGCUACUUCACCCUUCAUUCUAUUCAACCUAUAUAUCAACGUUCGCCCUGUGGUUGAGGCGAGAGUCUACAGGAUCCUUCGACGCCGCCUCCCUAAACCCGAUCGUCCUGAUAAGCUUUCUUUAAGAGUUGCCGUGGAGAAUGAACUCAUCGAAUGGACAGUUCCGUCACUUGGUAAGAGAUCAGAAGAAGAAAUUAAAAGAAGCCAUUUUACUUUAGCCCAGGAGAUAAAGUAUGAGUUUGUUACGUUUAAAAAUUGGUUACUACGCUCUGUGGGCUUUCAUCCAACUGCCACAAAGCCAGCCACUGAAGAACCUGCUUGGCUAGAGCGAUACGAAUCCGUCCAACGACGAGUUGGGCAGCUGCAACAGGAUUUAAACCCAGAAAAUAAUCCCGAUUUGCCAACAGCUGGACUGGGUCAAGAGUCUCAGGCUUCACAUGCAAUUAAUGUCAAUAUGGUUGGCCAAAUUCUAGAGGACGAUGAGAACCGAUUUGCUCAAUCGCCAAUUCAACUGCCUGAAGGAUAUUUUUCUGAUAUACGAACUUCCUUGCCCCCCACUGGCAAUGAUACUGACCUCUCAAUUCCUAGUCAGCAUGAUAUAGCACUUCAUGCUGUGGAUUCUACAGAGGCUACCGCUCAUGUUCCUGCUUCCCGGACGAAUACUCUGUUUUCUCCGUCUCCAUCUCCAGAAUCAUCUCCACCCUCGUCCCCCCGUGUUAGGGCUUCUCUUAUCCACCAGAAUUCUGAUGUGAUUACAAUGCACCUAGAACUCCUGCAAAGUCAUACAGAGGCCGAAGCCGAAAACCAAGGCCUUAAUGCAAGUGUUUCGCUUCCAAAUGGCGUUGUUCACAGAACUGAGUCACAAACAAGUGCCAUUGAUCGCGCGGCAUCUGAUUUAUUGGAUGCAUUGCUCUCUGACUCAAGUCAGCACCCCAGUAACGUCCCUGAAUCCACUCGAGAAAGAGGUCAUUCUAUUCCUAAUGACCCAGGACAAAAUGGUAUAGAUACUACAGCACACCCUCCCGAGGAUGAACCUGAUGCAUUGUGGCAAACUCCUGGGAUUAAUCACACCGCACCAAAUCCCCCACAGGAUAACAUAAGUAGCAGUUCCAGUGAGCAGAUGGCCAAUGGUACUGGUCCUCAAAGACAGCCUCUUCUCGAUCGCCCUGGACUACAUGCCGCUGAAGAAUGGGACCAUCACGUUACUAUUCUCUCCUCGCAUCCCGUGGAUGCGUUUUCCUCCCAUUUAUCUUCUAUCAUAACUUCUGUUUUAUUUUACCCCUUUGAAUCUCUUUAUCUUCGAAGCCUUGCUUUUACAUAUUUGUCUACCCAGUCUUCGGCAAUAAUUCUCCCGCUUGGUGCCACAGCAUCAUUGCUUGGACUCCAGUCUAAUAUACGACCACUGGGUGCAUGGAUGGGAGGUGGGAAUGCAUUAGAUAUGCUAUCCUACGUUGGAAAGAUGGCACUAAUAGUGGGAUUUGAGACGGUUAUUAGUGCAGGAAUCUGGGGACUAGGGGCCAGUGCUGCUGUCACUCUUGGAAAAGUUAAGUUUCAAUGGGGCCAGCUGUAG